GCAGACGAUUACAAGGACUUGGUGUGGAGAGGGAUGAGGAGACGUGACUUCUCUCUCUACAAGGAGUAUGCCACUGAUAGAUGUCMUGAUUUCAAGGACUAUCCCUGGUCGGAGAAGAAUGAGGCCGUGGCUGAGGAAGUGAGGGAGAUACGGGACAUGGUAAAGGGAUUGACGAGACAGGUUACAGAGAUUGUGACCACUACAGGGGCCACGCCAUACCGGGACAAACCUGGAGGGCCCUAUUCACUUCGCUGGGACCGUAGGAACAAUGAUUCCUGGAGGAGUGUCGAGAAUAGAAAUCCUCGGACGCUGACUGAUUAUCGUACGAGGGAAAGAGAGAGAGACGAUGAGCCAUGGCGACGUAAGGAUGAUGAGAUAGAUCGAGACCGCAGAGAUCGCGAGCCGUUUGCGCGAGCAAGGAGGCUGGAUGAUUACCCGCGAAGCCCUCGCUAUGAGGCCGAUCGGGGUAGAGGCGACUCCCGCGGCCGAUGGGAGACAGAUCAGGGCCGACGAGAUGGAUAUAGGGACGACAGAUACGAGAGAUCGGACCGAGAUGGAUAUAGGGACGACAGAUACGAGAGAUCGGACCGAGACGGAUAUAGGGACGACAGAUACGAGAGGUCGGGUCGAGAUGGCUACAGAGGUGRUAGGUAUGAAAGAGGAGAUCGGGAUUGGGAACGACGAGAUGGGUCGCGCGGACCGUUUGAGCGCGGGGGAGAUGCGAGAGAGCAGCGCGACGAGUCGCGGGGGUGGUACAACCGAGGGGACCGACGCGAUAAGUCACAAGGGCGAUAUGACUCGGGGGACCGCCGGAAUGAUUCGCGAGGGCGGUAUGAGCAAGGAGGGUUUGGAGGAGACCGCCGCAACGAUUCGCGCGGUCGGAAUGAGAGAGGGGGAUAUGGCGUCUCAUCAGAACCAUAUCCCAAGUCGCCUGAACCCAAGGCAGCCAGGAGUUCGAUCUCAAGAAGCGCAGACGACAGGCCAUCUACUCUCAGGAACUCAUGCGUCUAUUGUAGAGGACAAGAUCAUAUCAAGAGGGAUUGCCCAGACCUCAAACGGGCAUUAGAUGAGGGACUUGUCGUGCUUGACGACCGCAAGUACGUCAAGUGGGCAGAUGGUCUGGGAGAUGUAUCGAUGUUCCCUUCGAUGAAGGAGAAUGUCGAAGCAAGGAGAGUAAAACCGAGUAAAGAAAAGGAGCGGAUCAGGAGCCAGAGCAUCAAGAUAACCUUUGAGGGGGAUAUGGCGACCACACCCAUAAGGGUGGCAGCCACCAAGUCGGCGAGAGGGUGUACAUCGAAAAAGACUGACACGGAUUACGUGAUGACGGAGAAGGACGGGCAACGAGUCGAUGGAGAGGAGGUUAUCCUUUCGCCGCGAAAGCGGGGAGUGAAGAAGUUCUUAAUGAAGAGUUUGCUAGACAAGAUUGACACGGUCGAGCCACUGAGGCGGGCCCUUCGGCAACCCAUGCAGUGCUCUAUUCUGGAGUACCUGGCGGCAUCGAAGCCGGCUCGUGAUGAGUUACAGAUGAUCACGCGGAAGACUCGCAUACCGCUAUCGGAGGAGGGUCAGGGGGCGCCUAAGGCAGAAGCUUCUACAGUAGCAGUAACGGGAGUGACUGCCAGAGCGGAUCGCAUGGCGACAGUCCUUCUUGAUGGAAUGGAGGGUGUGCCUCCAGACAAGUUUUAUAUACUUGGUAGCGGGGCCGUGGAGACGAUUAUAAAUGAUGGAGCGGUACUUGAUGCUGUGAUCGAUAACGGAAGUGAGGUUGUCAUCAUAGACGAGGACCUGGCAGUACAGGUUGGACUAGGCCUCGAUAGGUCAUACCUAUUCGAGAUAGAGACGGCUGAUGGGAGAAAGCAACAGAUCACUGGGGUUUGUCACAAGGCAGCCAUAGAGGUCCAAGGGGUACGAGUGACCCUGCCUGUCUUUGCAGUCAAGAACUGCAGCUCCGACCUGCUCUUGGGUCGAACGUGGCUGAGCCACGUGCAUGCGGUGACAAUAGAGCGACCUGAUGGGAGCCAAACAUUGUCGAUUAGGAAGUCAGACGGGACACGGGUAAUGAUUGAGACAGUGGAGCCUCGGGACCCGAGGAACAGAGCAACUCUCGCUGUGGGUGCAAGACCCAGUGAUCAGAUUAAGUCGUUGUCUAUCUCCAUCUGCGAGGUGCGAUUUCGCGAAAAGAAAUAUGGACCACUGCUCACAGAGGAAGAAGGUCGGGUGGUGGAGGUAGAAGACUUAGGGAGUUGGCUAAUAGUGGACGGCAAUUCGUACCCGAAGGAAAAAGAUGAGGAAUUUGGCGGUGUGGUAUCCGUGUCUUUUUUAAGGGCACGGCCCCCUAUGGGGGGCUACCCAAGCGACACAAGCGAGUAGCUCAAAAAGUUAAGCCAGCGGCGGUGGGCCGCGAGCGAUCUGCACUGGAAGGGAUAUCGGAAGAAGAGAUCGCGAAAGAAAUCAAAGAAAGAAAGAGAA